AUGGCAAAGCCAGUCGAUGGAAUUCAGCCUACAGUUCACCCAGUCUUCGAGCCUACCACAUGUUCAUGGCAAUAUAUAGUAGCCUGUCCAGAAACAAAAGAAGCAGCGAUAAUCGACCCAGUUCUGAACUUCGAGCCAACUCUGUUCACCAUCACGUCCCAGGCCGCAGAUGCUCUUAUUGACUGCAUCUUGAAAAACGGCUACACAGUCAUAAUGCUACUAGAGACACAUGCCCACGGCGACCAUCUCUCGGCAUCCUACUACAUCCAACAAACCCUCUGGGCGCACGGCCAACCCCACGCCCAGAUCUGCAUCCAAGAAAACAUAACAGUAGUCCAAGCCUAUUACGCCCACAAAUACCGAAUCCCCAAAGACGAAAUCGACACGGCCUUCGACCACCUCUUCAAACCGGACGAGAUAUUCCACCUUGGAAAUAUGACCGGCAUCGCUCUCCACCUGCCAGGCCACACGCCCGACCACGGAGGUUACAAGCUAGGAGAUAAUGUCUUUUCGGGAGACUGCAUGUUCAAUGCGGGCAUCGGCAAUGGGCGAUGCGAUUUCCCUGGUGGCAAUCCCCAAUCCCAAUUUCAUUCUAUGCAGCGUCUUCUCUCGUUUCCGCCAGAGACCAAAUUAUAUACUGGCCAUGAUUUUCCGCCUAAGCCGAGUAGCGAGCAUCCGGCUCGUAAUCCUUUGCCGUUUAGUACAAUUGCUGAGCAGAAGGAGAAGAAUCGGUAUCUUGAGGAUGACUCGUCAGAGGAUGCUUUUAUCAAGUGGAGGAAGAAUCGGGAUGAGACGCUUGGUGAGCCUAGGCUUAUGCAUCAAGCGUUGCAGAUCAAUAUUCGUGGUGAAAGAUGCCGAGUAGAUCCUGUGAUGGCAAGGCUUUUAUGUUGUAUACUUGUGAUGUUCCGAGGGUUCUUUUGA